AUGUUCCCCGUGAAAGGUCUCAGCGUCUCGGCCGAUAAGCUAAAGGUCGAGACUGAAAACUCGCCCGCAAGUGUGCCUUCUGCAUCGAAGCCGUCUAGGAAGCGCAAGAGGCAGGGGAGGUCCGAGAAUGUAACGGCAGCGAACCUCGCAGAUCUGUGGGAGAAGGUCAUUGAGCACAAACCGCCGGCUGGGUCGGGUAAUGGGACGCAGACCAAGAAGGAGACCAAACGUCAGAAGACGGCGCAUGAGUCUGCUCCGUCUAGCAGUUCGGCUGGUGAACAAAACAGUGCCCAAUUGGGAACCGCGAAGCAGCUGGCUCAAGCAGACGGGAAAUCUGAGAAGAAAAGGAAGAACAAGGACAAAAAGAAAGCGAAACAGGAUGCUACUGAAACACCAGUCAAGCCAAGGGGCGACCAGGAGGAGGAAGAAUGGAAUGGUCUCGAAGAGGAGGAGCAGAUUUCUGAACCCGUUGGGCAGUUGAAGGAGAAGACCGACAAGAAGAAAAAGAAGCAAGGGGAUGCCCACGACGCCUCUGGUUCAGUACAGAGCGGAAAGGAUGGCGGAAAGGAGAAGCGUAAAGGCGAAGAGCCGGCUCCGUCUCCGGCGCCUCCGGCACCCACCACAGCCAAACUCACCCCCCUCCAAGCCUCCAUGAGAGAAAAGCUGGUCUCCGCCCGUUUCCGUCACCUUAACGAAACUCUAUAUACCCGCCCUUCUGCCGAAGCCUUCCAGCUUUUCCAGGAGUCCCCUGAAAUGUUCACAGAAUACCACGAAGGUUUCCGGCGUCAGGUCGAAGUGUGGCCAGAGAACCCAGUAGACAUCUACAUCGCCGACAUCAAGGCGCGCGCCAAGGUGCGCUUCGCGCCCCGCAACCGCAGCAGCGAAGCGCCGCCCCUGACGCCGGCUCAACUGCCGCUCCCCAAACAGCCCCACGGCAAAAUCACCACCAUCGCCGACCUGGGCUGCGGCGACGCCAAGCUCGCGUCGGCGCUGCAGCCGCUCACCAAGAAGCUCCGCAUCGACAUACACAGCUUCGACCUGCAGACGGGCGGCUCCCCGCUCGUCACGCGCGCCGACAUCGCCAACCUCCCGCUCCCCGACGGCUCCGUCGACGUGGCCAUCUUCUGCCUCGCCCUCAUGGGCACCAACUGGACCGACUUUGUCGAGGAGGCCUACCGCGUGCUGCGCUGGCGCGGCGAGCUGUGGGUGGCCGAGAUCAAGAGCCGCUUCGCCGGUGCCGGCGGGCAGAAAAAGACGGCCGUGGUGGCCCACAGCGUCGGGAACCGCAAGCGGAUCGGUGGUGGUAGUGGGAAGAAAGCACGGGCGGAGGAAAAAGAGGCAGAGGAAGAAGCUAACCUGGCGGAGCUGGCGGUUCACGUCGACGGUGUGGGAGCCGAGUCCGGGCGGAAUGGUAAGCAGCAGGAGACGGACAUCUCGGCGUUUGUUGAGACGCUGAGAAAGAGGGGUUUUCUCCUGAACCGCGACCUGGGCGAGAAUGCAGUCGAUAUGAGCAACAAGAUGUUCGUCCGGAUGCACUUUGUCAAAGGGGCGCCGGCCGUCAAGGGGAAGUGCGCGGUUGAGGGUGGUAGCGAUCGGGGCAAGGACGGGCGGGUUAAGAGAAAAUUCAUUGGAGACGACGACGGAGACGACGGGGUCAACGAGUCCAAGGUUCUGAAGCCUUGUGUGUACAAGUUACGGUGA